AUGAGUUCGUGCAUACAUACACCAUCUACAAACAAUUCUUCAUAUUCAAACAUUAUUAAAAAGAAGAUUGUCAGAAUUUGGACAACAAGAGAAGAAAUGCAGUUGAUGGAAGGAAUUAAACGAUAUGGAACUAAUAACUGGGAAGAAGUUGCUUCUAUGGUUCCAACCAGAACAAAGAAACAAUGUAGAGAACGGUAUCUCAAUAACAACGAAUCCAUCUAUCAUCGACCUUGGAGUCAAGAAGAGGAUUGUCUUAUUCUUCAAAAAAGAAAAGAAAUAGGAAAUAAAUGGACAACUAUUGCAAGUUAUUUAGAAGGAAGAUCACCAAAUGAUGUAAAGAAUCAUUUCUUUGGAAGACUGAAAAAGCUCAAUUGUAUUGAAAAAGAAACAAAUCCUCACACCACAAACAAAAUUCCAAAUGAAAUUUCAACUGUUCAGAGUGUAUUUAAGCCAGUAGAACAAUCUCUUUUUUCUAUUAUAUAG